GUGACGUCAUAUCCUUCCUCGCGAACAACACUUCCAUUGCUAUUUCCGCAGUCAGACACUAAUAUUUAUAGUUAUAUGUUUUCUUUCCGGUAUAAAGUGAUUGCGCGAUCUUUUACUUGUUGAAGUCAAUGGAAUCGCGCGUUUUUCCUAACAUGGUGUCAGCAGCUACAAAAAGCGUCCGAUUUAUGACUCUAUAUUAAUAUUAACAUUAACAUUUACAAACUAGCUAUCUACAUAUAUUUAUACUCUAUAGACGCCAAAAUGCAUCGCAGAGGUGUCGGUGCGGGAGCGAUUGCUAAAAAGAAACUGGCAGAGGCUAAAUACAAAGAGAGAGGAACUGUACUUGCAGAAGACCAAAUAGUUCAGAUGUCCAAACAGCUGGAGACUUUCAAGUCAAACCUAGAAGAAUUUGCCAGCAAGCACAAACAAGAAAUUCGCAAAAAUUCCCAGUUUAGGGUCCAAUUCCAGGAAAUGUGUGCCACGAUAGGCGUAGACCCACUGGCCUCUGGAAAAGGGUUUUGGUCGGAGAUGCUCGGUGUAGGAGACUUUUACUACGAACUUGGAGUUCAAAUCAUUGAAGUUUGUCUUGCACUCAAACACAGAAAUGGAGGUUUGAUGAAGCUGGACGAGCUUCAUGUUCGAGUGUUGAAGAGUCGUGGAAGAUAUGCUCAGGACGUCAGUCAGGAUGAUCUCGUUCGUGCCAUUAAGAAGCUGAAAGUGAUGGGCAGUGGUUUUGGGAUGAUUCCUGUCGGUGGAUCUUACCUAGUGCAGUCAGUGCCAGCGGAACUCAACAUGGACCACACUGUGGUCUUGCAACUGGCUGAGAAAAAAGGUUUUGUAACCGUCUCUGAGAUCAAGGAUCAUCUGAAGUGGGAGAAGGAGCGAGCCUCACACGUUGUGGACCACUUACUGAAAGAAGGUCUUGCCUGGCUGGACUCACAGGCACCUCAAGAACCGCAGUACUGGCUUCCGGCACUGUUUUCAGAACUUGCCUCCCGUGAUGUCACUCCAGAGGAAGCCAAUCAGAUGACACCCUGAGGACGUCGCCACAGGUCAACACUAGAGUCGUGAUCAGGGCUGAACAAGAAGAACUUGGUACUGUGGUGACUCACUGUUGAUAAUCUCUGUAGUGGAGAGAUCAAGUCAUGUGACUAUAACUAUUGGGGCUUUGGAUUAAUUUUACACAGAUUAUGGUUGAGGGACUAUAAAAGAAACUCUUUCUUCCAAUGAACUCUACCCUCUUGCUGCAGAACAGAUAUAAGAAUUAAUAAAAUAAUUUGGUAUACAUAAAAAUGCAUAUCUCUUCUGUUAUUUGAAUGUUAUACAUUUAUUUUGUCUCAGGGUGGGAAAGCGCUCCGUAAGACAAGAGAAUGGCAGGGCAACAGGAGGUCACAAGUCCAUCACAGGUCACAUAUAGACCCAUAACACACACGCACACAUACAAACUCCAUACGGUAGAGGUUUACUUAAUAGGGAGCAUCCCUCUCCACAGCGCCACCAUCAUGCAUUUAUUCCUUUUUAUUUAAUCUACACAUACUGUCCUGCAUUCCAGUAUUUUUUAUGAUCACUUUUUUUCCCAUAUUCACAAUUUUUUUUCUCUGUUCAUUGAUAAAAGAUGACUGUUAAUUACUCUUAAAAGCAUGUAUUAUACAGAAGAUUUUCACAAAGCAUCACACAUUUGUAACAUUACUUAAGAAUACUAGUGAACGCGGAGAAAGGUACAGCAGUACCCAUUCAAUUUCUCCCAUUCCAGCCGGCUGCCUGCAGAGGUUCCUGCUGGGACUUCCAGUAAGAUCGUAACAUCUUGCAAAAAUAUUUUUUUCUCAGAUAUAUUUGAAAUAAAAGCCUGAAGUAAAUUAAUCUGACUGUACACCAUGUGCAUCAUGAGAGUUAAUUGUGACUGUAGACAUGGUCUUCGAAGGUGAUCUGAUCCAUGUGGUCACACAGAUGCCAGCAGAAUGGACAAACUUUGUGGCUGAGCUCGUGCUGGUCCAUUUGCUGUUGGGUGAUCCCAGGGAAUCGCUCCUUGCAGUAGCGACACUCCAGAACCUGCAGAGACAUGAAAGGGAAGAAGAUAUGGAAAAACUGGAUUGGAUUAACAAGAUGACUACACCUCACACCUGGACUUAUGUGUGUUCAUCCAGGUUAAUUUUAUUUUUUGUCAUGGCACAACAAACUAUAACAAGCUCCACUCACCUCCUCCUCAUCUGACUCUUGAGUGAUCUCUACAAUCACAAGUGAAACAAUAAAAAUAAUAGUUAGAAAAUAGUGUUGCUUUAAAAAAAUCCUUGAUAUCUGAUAUGUCUCUCACCAGUAACAUCACGAUCAUGUUCCCUCUGCGUCUCCUGCAGUGGCAGAUCUUUAUUGUAGGAGGCUGCAUCGCUCGUGGUUUCCUGCAGCUCAGAUGGAAUCGUGGGGCUGGCGUGAAAGUCAUCGCGUGCUCCGUGCAACCCCUGCAUAUCACCAAGAUUGUGCUGCAGAAUCAAAACUACCAAUUCUACUUUGUUUCAAGGAACAAAACUCUACCUCCUUGUGGCUCCUUGUGUUAUUCUGCCGCUGGAGGAACAGGAUCAUGUCAUCUUUGUCCGCUAUCAAUUGGUCCUUAACUGCAAUGACUUCCUGAACUUCCUCCAGUUUUAGCUGAAAAAGUACAGUCAAUAUGCACUGCUAUGACACGCAUUCUUCAUACUAAAAAGGGAAGAAACAAUAAAUGAAGAAAAUAGAAAUAAAUGGAAAUAACAUGCUGCUAAACUUUUUGUGUAAAUCAGAAAAGAAUAAAAUCAGACUAGAUUCACAGGUGAAAAUUAUAUAAUAUGUAUGUGGGGCUGAAGAGUACUUCCUAUCUGCACCACAGAGUGUGAUGAACUUUUAAGCUCCAUUAAGACAUCGCUGACGUUACCAUAAGAUUCGGUUAUAGGUCCGACAUGCUCGAACAUUCAAGGCCUUCCAGUAGUUGAAAUUUGAAGGAAAAAAAGGAUGUAUGCGACAUUAUAUUGGAAAUUCAGUCAUAAGUCAGUGCAUUUCUGACUCCUAGAUCCUUCCUGUUAUCUCUGCUCCUUAUCGAUAUGCUUAUAGUUGAUGUAAUCAAGCUUGUUUCAGCCCAGUCAAUUGUUAGUCAGAGUGACAAAAAGCUCUGCAGACAUGCACUGUACCUUUAAAUGCUGAAAUUCUGCCUCCAACUCUGAUGUAUGCUUCAGUUGCUUGUUCUCUUCCUCCAGCAGAUGAAGUUUGUUCCCAAUGUCAAUUAUCUUCGCGUCCUUCUGACUGAGUUGCUCCUGUGAGAGAGUAUUGGAGAGUAUCUGUGGUUCUUGUCUGAGUGGAUGAGCUCAACCUUCCACAAGCAACAAACACAAAUGAACCUUCAGAAUGGUGAUUUCCUCCUCUUGUCUUCUCAGUGAACAGCUCAGGGUUUCAAUCUCAGCUCUGGCCUCAUUUCUCUGAGCCUUCAGUUCAUCUCUCUCCUGAAGGGCCUGGUUGAUUUGUUCCUGAGGGCAAUCGCACAGGUAGCCAUAUUAUAUAUGUCAAAUCAAGCGACCAGAACUUGUAUUGCGUCAGCAGGUUGACACCUUUGUGUAAACAACCAACACAUCAUCUUCAAUGCUGCUAUCAGGGAUGGACUGGUCUAGGGUUGCGAAGGAGAACGGCCUGCUGACUCCUUGCACUUGGCCCGCGCUGUCCAUGUAACAGAACUGGUAGGCGUUCUCUUCAUCUUUGGGCAGGUGGUAUUCUGAGUAGAGGACAGGACCAGAAUGAAGACUUGAAUCAGGAACUUAUGAGGGAUGUGAAAAGCGAUACAUACAGUAUAUAUAUAAACAGGAAAAUAGAAAAUAAAUAAUAAAAAUAAUUUGAAGACAAACUCUGACUUAUUGAUCUAAUGUCGCACUUGCAGAAUCUUUGUAGCAGUGGAUCCCAGCAAGGAGUUUUUAAGUGAUUUACGCCGAAAAUCUUAUGCAAACCCCAUUGUGGUACUAACUAUGUAAGCCCUGUUCGAUAUGAGAAGGAAUACCUGAUUCUCUGAAACCAAAGUUAUAUGAACAAUUCAAUAAAAAAAU